AUGCUUGAAAAUUGGUGGACAAUAGUCAUUGCGCUUGCAACGAUUCCCUUAGCUGCAUUAAUAAUAUUUUCCCUUCUCUUUGCAUCAAAAAAGACCAUUCAGAGAAAAACACCGGCCAUCUUUUUGGUGGGACCUAGUGAGUCGGGAAAAACGACCUUGUUUUGUCAGCUUGUUUACGAAAAGAGCAAGUCUACUGUGCCGAGUAUCGAACCAAACGAGGCUUUAUGGAAAGAAGAUGUCGUCCUCGUAGAUUUACCCGGACAUGCUAGAACAAAGCAUUGGACAGAAAAGAAAUUGAAUGAAAGUUAUGAUGUACGGCUUGUGGUUUUUGUUUUGAACAGCGCAACGCUGGACCGAGAUUUGCAUGAAAUUGGACUCGCUUUAUUUGACGUGCUACUAAAAUGUAGAAAGCUCAAGGUACCGAAAGCUCUAGUAGCAUGCAACAAAUUUGAUUUGUUUACUGCACAACCAGCAAAACAGAUCCAGGCGGCUGUGAUGAAAGAAUUGGACAAUAUUUUUGAAGAAAAGGAAUCUCAGCUCGAUUCCAUAGUAACAGAAGACGUCGACUGGGAUGAACUUCGCCCUCAGCUCGAAGACAUCCAAUUAGAGUUUCUUUCAGGAAGCGCUUUGAAAGGCACCAACAUGAAUCAAUGGAUUGAAUGGAUGGAAUCCUCUCUCUAG